UACCUGCUGCUCCACAAGCCAAUUCAGUAGAUGGCGGUAAUUCCUAAUAAAAUCCAACGACGAAGAAGUACUACCGGAAGUGGAAAGAAGCACUUCCUAGGACAGAAAUAUGGCGGCUCAAACCGGGCUGGCAGCGGCACCGGCUUUUAUGAGCCGAAGUGAUGUUCCUGCUUUCCCUCAGGUGGCUCUGUCAGCGGAGGCCGCCCCGUUCACUCCUCUGGGGACGGACGGGUGGCAGCUCGGCUCAUCGUCCGACGCCGAGAGACAGUUUUCCCGGUGCGCCGCAAAGCUACGAGCCCUGAGGGCAGACUCUGGCCAACUCCGAGAGGAGCUCAACCUGCUGUUUGACCAGCUCCUCUCCGAAAACUACAACACAAGCUUCGACCCCAACAUCAACAUCCGACCGGAGGAUGUGUGCAGCCUGCUGAAACAUGCCAGCUGUCUUGUGCCACUGAGUCAAGAACACUUGGUUAUCAAACUCUGCCAGCUAGUACAUCAUCUACUCAAUCAGCUAAAGGUUAUAAUGGACGAGCAGACAUUGGAUGUGUUGUUGAACUACACCGCCCGUGCGUUGAAAGUGUGCAGUACGUGGACACACUCCGGUGUCCUCCUGGCUCUCUCCACAAUCGUGUACGGGAAUGGACCUCAGUGCCACCAGCACCUCAUCGACUUACUGGGUGAAGAUGGAGUCCUACUGCUGUAUAGUUCUCCAUCUCAGCCAGAUAUGGAGUUACGCCGCGUUGCCCUCACCUGUAUGGCCAACAUCUGUCUCAGGAUCCCUGGUCAGCCACCUUUGGAUGAUCAAUACAGAAGUGUAUGUUUCAGAGCCUUCCUGAAAACACUUCACUCACCCAAACCCUCCAACACUGAUCAGCUCUUCUAUUGCAUGGUGAUCCAGGCAGCACUGAAGGGACUGCAGUGUUGUCUCUCAGGUGGGAAGUGGAAGUUUGGAGGAGGGGAAGAGCUCGGGUCUGUACUGGCGGCGCUUAAGAGGCUCAUGUUCCAGGGAACUCCAGGUGUGAGUGUUGAGUGGCCGGCUGUGCUUUACCCGGCACCUCUCCCUCAGUACGAGGGUCUCAAAUCCGCUCAAACACCAAAACCCACUGAACCACCAACGGACUCUGCUGUGCCAGGAAAAGUCUCAGGGAAUAAAAAGAGGAAAUCCAGAGGAAAGGGGAAGAAGACGGUUAGUGAGGAGAGCAGAGGGGAUGAUGGAGAGGAGGAUGAUGGAGAGGUGGUGCCCGCAUCCCAGAAGGUAGGGGGAAGAGAGAGAGGCAGAGGCGACGGAGAGUCCUUAUCUAAAGCUUCUACUCCGUCUCUCUACCCCGCCUGGAAGCAAAACACCUCUGACUCAGAGUUUUCUGACCCAGAAGGCACCGCACAGAGCAAAUUAAGACUGAACCACGGGCGUGUGCGUCAGGGAGCGCUGCACUGUCUGCUAGCGGUGGUGAAAGGUGUAGAAAAGCGGACUCUGUACGGGUACUGGUCCUCCUUCAUCCCUGACUCUCCUAUUGGAGGAACGCCGCCUCUCACUCUCCUCACAAUUAUACUGAAGGACCCCUCCCCAAAGGUACGAGCGUGUGCGCUCCAAGUGUUGUCAGCCAUGCUGGACGGUUCCCGUCAGUUCCUGGCUGUGGCUGAGGACACGGCAUCUCCCCGUACAUCUUACACCCCUUUCUCCUUCUCCCUGGCGACUGCCAUCAGAGAGCUGCACCGCGCUCUCAGUCUGGCUCUGCUGGCUGAGACGUCCCCUCAGACACUCACACAGGUCAUAAAGUGUCUGGCCUACCUGGUGGCCAACGCUCCCUAUCACCGUCUCAGACCUGGUCUGCUCAGCCCACUAUGGAAGCAGAUGCGUCCCUACAUGCGCCACAGAGACGUGAAUGUGCGUGUGUCGGUCCUGACGCUUUACGGGGCUCUGGUGACAACUCAGGCUCCUCUCCCUGAAGUGCAGCUCCUCCUCCGACAGCCGGAGAGCAGCGGCAGCGGCGGCUCGUUCACACCGCAGGACUCAGCUCUCAGCUGGAGACAAAGAGAUGGAUCUACACCCUCCCAACAUUCUUCGCAAACACACUCCCCCCAUAUUCUUCGCACACCGGGGGAAGAGGACAACUCCUCACCAUGGUUGAUGCAGCUGUGUGUGUCGCUGGUGACUCAGCCCAGAGAGGACCCAUCAGACAGCGAGGGAGCGGGAACAGGAGGAGCUGCUUUAGAGCCUUCCCCAGUACGACUAGAAGCUCUACAGGUUAUGUCCCACCUGGUGCGGGGUUAUAUCUGUCUGGUGCAAACGUAUCUGUGUGAGAUCGGGCAGGUGAGCGCUCGCUGCCUCGGGGAGAUGGACCCCUCCAUACAACUUCACGGAGCAAAGUUGCUAGAGGAGUUGGGGACAGGAAUAAUCCAGCAGUACAGAGCAGAGAACAACGUGCCUGAGAGUUCGAGGGUCCCCGUGAGCCAAGUGGUGCAGUUUUGGUCAGAAGUCUUGAGCGGGCCGCUGAACGCAGCGCUGCAGAACGAACAACAUCCCACGCUGCAGACGAGCGCCUGCGACACGCUUUCCUCCAUCCUGCCGCAGGCCUUCGCUCAGCUGCCUGAAAAAACUCAGCUGAUGUGCAUCACCAUGCUGCUGGGACUGACCUACAGUGAAAACUACCUGGUGAAGACAGCAGCCGUCAGGGCUUUGGGAGUCUACAUACUGUUCCCUUGUCUGAGAGAGGAUGUGAUGUUCGUGGCAGAUACAGCAAACACUAUUCUUGCUGCCCUUGACGAUCGAUCUCCAAAUGUCCGUGCCAAGGCUGCCUGGUCUCUGGGCAAUCUCACAGACACACUUAUUGUCAAUAUGGAGAGUGUAGGUGUGGAUUUCCAGGAAGAGUUAUCAGACAUGCUGCUGCUCAAGAUGUUGCAAGCAGCCACCCGCGCAUCAGCUGACAAGGACAAGGUGAAGUGUAACGCAGUACGAGCACUCGGGAACCUGCUUCAUUUCCUGCGUCAGAGUCAGAUGACACGGUCUGCGUUCCAACGCCCGCUGGAGGACGCCGUCCGUGCUCUGGUAAAAACGGUCCAAUCAGUGGCCACCAUGAAGGUCAGAUGGAACGCUUGUUACGCCUUGGGAAACGCUUUCAGAAACCCCGCACUGCCGCUCGAUUCAGCUCCGUGGUCUGCUGACGCCUUCUCUGCCCUCUGCAAUGUUGUCACUUCCUGUAAGAACUUCAAAGUGCGGAUCAAGUCCGCCGCUGCCCUGGCAGUUCCCGGCCACCGCGGCUGCUACGGCGACACGGAGCGGUUCAUCUGCGUGUGGCGUUCCCUGGCCAAGGCGCUCGAGAACAGCGAAGACACCAAUGACUUCUUAGAGUACCGCUACAGUGCCAGCCUGCGACACACACUCUCACAAGCACUCCUACACUUGCUCAAGCUCAGCCAGUCGCAGGACAUGCCCGCCCUCGCCGCGUCGCUGGCUGGGGAGGAAGGGAAGGGUAUCAAGGAACGUUUGAUUAAAUAUCUCAGAGCUGAGGAGGGAGGAGAGGGGGCGGAGGGGGAGAGAGACACAGGGGGGGACAGCUUCAACCCUCAGCAGAGAAUCAAUAGUCUGCAGCAGACUCUGAUCAGACUGAAAGGGUUGAAGGCUGAAGGGGAAGGACAGACACAGCAGGAGAGCGGUAAGGAGGUCGUGGUUAGUUUCAUGGAUGAUGUGCUGAAGACCUGUGAAGAGCCUUAAAGAGUCACAUCUCCAGGUGCAGCGUUGGGUUUCAGAAAACCCUCUGAGAUCACGACAGCUCGUCUCUCAGGUCGGGACGGAUCAGAGCAGGCAGACAGUCGGAGGAGAAACUGACAAAGUGGUUACUGAAGACAAAGAUUAUGUAACCAGCUUUGUUAGUUUAUGUUAAGACAUCACAAGGAGCCACGAGACUUUCUUGAAAAACUGAAGAUCAUGAAAGAAUAUUUCUUUUUUCUUUCUUAAAGUUCAGUGACUUUUUAACAUCCUUUUAUUUAUCUCAUUGCACUUGCACUCUGUUAUGGAUUAACUGAUUUACAAAGACAUGUAGUGAGAUUGCAGGUUAAGAACAGAUUAACAGACAAAUAUUAAGUUCAGAUUAGGGUGGGUGACUUUCAGCGGAAGCACAUUGUGAUGACAUGAACAUACUGUCUUAUUUGACAAAAUGUUUUUCAAUUUAAUUAAUCUGAGCAGAAUUAUUAUAUCCAUAUAUUGAUGUUCUUGUUUUACAUUUAACAUCAAUUUGACUAUUUUAUCUUUCCUUUUACAUACAUUUGUCAUAUAUACAAUACAUAUUAGUAUUAGAAAAUCAUUCUUAAUACAUUGUAUUGAUAUCAGCCUUAUUGCCCAGCCCUAAUUCAGAUUAUGACCUACACUACAUAGUCUAUUGUGAACACAGCAGCAAUCCACAAGACUGGACUGACAGACUGCACGUCUGUGCAGCACAUCAGAUGUACUAAAAGUAAAUAUUGAUUUUUUUUUUUUUUUUUUUUCCACAUUCUAGUUUCAGCAUUACUCAACAUGAUUGUAUCGAUCUGUCUUACAUAAGGUUGUUUCCCUUAAGUUGACCUUAGAUUUCAAACACUGAUGUGUAUCUGUUGCAGAAUGGUAUGGAAGGUCUAAACAGCCAAUUCCUCUCCUUACAAACCCAAAAAUCACAAAAUAUAUGAUAUAAAUAUAACAUUAAAUUCUUGUGUGUGUGUUUCAUGUUCAUGUCAGGAUUUCUGUGUUUUAAAGCAAAGUGUGUUGAUGAUUAUGUGACAUGGCAGUCAUAUAGGACCUCAGCUUUUGUGUAAACAGACUACAAAUACAAAUUCAGGGUCAUAGAGCUGGACCAGUGCUGGGUGAAGGUUACAGUCAAGUUUGUGUUCAGUUUCAAAAUAUGAAUGGUAUUAUGGGGAAUUUGGAUCAUGAUGAAGUCAGCAGAAGAAAGCAGUAAUAUGAUGGAAAACUACACCCUGCAUUCAAUCUUAAAAAUUAAAAAAGUAAAAUGGGUCCAUUGAGAUUAUUAACAUAUGAAUCUGUAAGUAUCUACCCAGGGCCAUAAAGUCCAAGGUUCA